AUGAUUCUGGGAUGGAGAAAUUGCCUCUAUAUACUCCUUUCCCAGACCCAGGAAUAUCAGGGGAAGCCUGACUCCUUCCAGUUCAGUGAUGCCCAAAGAGGAGACUCAACUGAUGUCUUCAGUUAUAACCUGAGACCUACUAUCCACUUCACCAGGUAUCAAUCUCAGGAAAGGCCAUUGACACUGGGUAGAAGAGUGAGUUCACUGAAACCAUGGUUGAUUGCCCUUAUUGUCAUAGGUGUGUUGAUUCUGGUGAUACCGAUUGGUCUCCUUGUUUAUUUUUUGGCAUAUGGCCAGAAGUUUUACUAUUACCAGAUCUCCUUCCAGAUGCCCAGUAUUGAAUAUAAUCCUGAUUUUUCAGUAGAACAUUCAAAACUUAGCACUGACCUGAAACAAAAGGUCAGUAAUGAGAUAGAUAAGAUAUUUCAGAGAUCCAAUGUAAACCAUCAUUUCAUCAAGCAUCAUGUUGUCAACUUUAGGCCAAGUAAUGACAAUUUGAAAGCAGAUGUAUUGCUUAAAUUUCAGUUUAUUCCUAACAAUGAGAACGCAAUAAAUGCAGCUGAUAACAUUUUGCAUCAGAAGUUGAAAUCAAAUGAAAGCUUCUUGAAGAUAGACACUUCAUUACCUUACCUUAAAGAUAUGAAUGCAGCACAAGCAGAACACAUUCUUAACAGCUGUUGUGGUUUAGGGAAGGAGUUCCCAUCGGUGGAAAGAAUUGCUGAUGGUCGGAUUGCAAGAAAAGGUGAUUGGCCAUGGCAAACGAGCCUGCAGAUGGAGGGGAUCCAUUUGUGUGGCGCAUCUUUGAUCAGUGAAGAAUGGCUCCUGACCGCAGCUCACUGUUUUGACUUUGAGAAAAAUCCCAAACUGUGGAUGGCUAGUUUUGGGAUAACCCUGAGUCCCUCACUAAUGAGAAGAAAGGUGGAGUCAAUUAUUAUUCAUGAGAACUAUGCCGCCCAUAAACACGAUGAUGACAUCGUUGUAGUGAAGCUCUUCACCCCCAUCAUAUUUUCCAAUGAGGUGCACAGAGUCUGUCUUCCAGAAGCUACUUUUGAAGGCUUGCCUAAGAGUAAAGUGUUUGUCACUGGAUAGGGGGCACUUAAAUUAGAUGGUCCCUUUCCCAAUAUGCUGAGAGAAGUUGAGGUAGAGAUCAUAAGUAAUGACAUAUGUAAUCAAGUUCAUGUAUAUGGUGGUGCUGUAUCAUCAGGAAUGAUAUGUGCCGGAUUCUCGUCAGGAAAACUAGAUGCCUGUAAGGGUGAUUCUGCAGGUCCUCUGGUUAUUGCACAUGAUAGAAACGCCUGGUACCUUGUUGGAAUAGUAAGCUGGGGGAUAGACUGUGGAAAAGAAAACAAGCCGGGACUUUAUACCAAAGUGACUCAUUAUCGAGACUGGAUUAAAUCUAAAACUAACAUCUAA